AUGGAUGUAUUUGGAGGAUUACUAAUCAUUUUCCCAGCCAGUUUUAUUGCCUGCAUAUCAGCCCAGCAAAGUCCACCAAAAAUGCAUGAAGGCUGGUGGGCUUACAAGGAGAUGGUACAGGGAAACUUUGUUCCAGUUCCAUCUUUCUGGGGCCUGGUCAACUCAGCUUGGAACUUGUGCUCAGUGGGGAAGAGACAAUCGCCCGUCAACAUUGAGACCAGUCACAUGAUCUUUGACCCUUAUCUCACAUCUAUGAAACUCAAUACUGGUGGACUCAAGAUGAGGGGGACGAUGUAUAAUACAGGUCGCCAUGUUUCUGUGCGAUUGGACAAGGAGCAUCUUGUUAAUAUCUCUGGCGGGCCAAUGAUGUACAGUCAUCGUCUGGAGGAGAUUCGGCUACACUUCGGUAGUGAAGACAAUCAGGGCUCCGAACACCUGCUUAAUGGACAGGCUUUCUCUGGGGAGGUUCAGCUGAUCCACUACAAUCAUGAGUUGUAUACAAAUUUUACCGAAGCUGCCAAAAGCCCCAACGGACUAGUCAUCGUGUCCAUAUUCAUGAAAGUAUCGGAAACAUCGAACAGUUUCCUAAAUCGAUUGCUUAACAGAGACAUCAUCACAAGAGUUACAUAUAAAAAUGAUGCUUAUCUUCUGACGGGACUAAACAUAGAGGAGAUCUAUCCGGAGACAAGUAGUUUUAUCACUUACGAUGGCUCAAUGACCAUCCCUCCAUGUUUUGAAACGGCCACGUGGAUUCUGAUGAAUAAGCCAGUUUACGUCACACGCAUGCAGAUGCACUCUUUGCGCCUUCUGAGCCAAAAUCAACCAUCUCAGAUCUUCCUGAGCAUGAGCGAUAAUGUCCGUCCAAUUCAGCCGCUGAUCAACCGCUGCAUCCGCACCAAUAUCAACUUUAGCAUGCAGAGCAAAGAUUGUCCAAACAAUAGAGUUCAUAAGCUUCAGUACAGAGUGAAUGGAUGGUUACUAAAUUAG